AUGGAUAACAAAGAGCUUAAAAAUGAAGAUUCGACAAAACCGAAAAAGCUUUCGAAAAAUGAUGUGAUGGUGGUUUUCGUCUUGGGUGGUCCUGGUUCAGGUAAAGGCACUCAGAGCGAAAAACUCGUAAAGGACUUUGGAUUUAUUCAUCUCUCCGCGGGAGAUCUCCUCCGUGCUGAACAACAAAGACCGGACUCAUUAUAUAGUGAGUUGAUUGCUAAAACGAUCAGAGAUGGCGAAAUUGUUCCCAGUGAACUUACCAUUGCCUUGCUUGAACAGUCAAUGCGAGAAAGUGGUGGCAAACGUUUCUUGAUUGAUGGGUUCCCGAGAAAAAUGGAUCAAGCUAUUAAAUUUGAGGAGGAUGUCAUCGAAGCUCAUUCAGUACUUUUCUUUGACUGUUCCGAAGAAGUGAUGCUUGAACGACUACUUGAACGCGGAAAGACCAGUGGUCGCGCAGAUGACAACAUUGAAACCAUACAAAAACGAUUUAUCUCGUUCAAACAACAAAGUUACCCCGUCAUUGAGUAUUACCAGAAGCUAGGCAAAGUGCAUUCGAUCUCUUGUGAGGAUUUGCCGGACAUAGUUUAUCAAAAAGUCAAGAAUAUUUAUAAUGAGGUGUUUGAUGAGAAUCAGUAA